AUGAUUAUCACCGUUUGCGCACCACGUGGACUUGUCCUCGGAGCCGCAGUGAUUCAGCCAAGUGUUGAAAUCUUGCUUUCUCAAAGCCCACCCAGAGGCAACUUCCCCCUUGGAUCUUUCCACAAUAGCCAUACCGUCCAACCAUCCUUCUUUGAUCCAAAAGCCGUAUCUGAGCGUGACGAAGCUCUCACCAAAAAUCACAUGCCAUUUCUAUUCAAUCUAAUCAAACACAUGUUGAUUUGUGUCGAGGCUCCCGAUGAACUGGAUGAAGAUGGACCUGUGGAUCCAACCAUUGCUGAUCCCAAGCAGGACCACAUACUCAACAUGGACGACGUGACUUAUGUUGCAGACAGGAACUCAGCAUUUUCUACUUGA